UCUCCCUACGCGUCGGUGCAGUAGCGUGCUCGCGAAUAAUUCCGGGACGUUACAAUACCAACAGGAAUAUAAACAUUGAGAACAAUUUGUGCGAUCCGGGAAUGUGCCCGACCGACUCUCUCCCUUUGGAAGUCACAGAUUACUGCUCAGUUUCAUACGAUCAGUGACUCGAACAAGUGAACACAAACGUAAUUAAUAAAUAUAAUAUUAAAAAUAAUAUUAAAAAAAAAAAAACAGUACAAAUGGAGACGUCCGAAAACGAUUAUCAAAAAUUGGUGCGUGAUGUGCAGCUGUUGCUGCAGCAACAGAACGAACAGCAUCAGCGGCAAAUGCAAUUGCUACAGCAACAGCUGCAGCAACAGCAAGAACAGCAAUUGCUACAACUGAGGGAGGAGCUCCUCCCUUAGCAUGGACAGGGCGAUCAACCGAGGGAGGAGCCCCUCCCUCAGGAGCAGGAGAAGAAGGCGGCGGAGGGGGCGGCGAGGCCACCGCGAAAAAGAGGAGUAGCGGCUGGCCGGUCGCGG